GCCCCGCCCCGAGCCUGCAGAGGGCGCUGAACUGAGGAAGCUGGGGUGUGGUGCCGUUCUAGCCCGCUCCCGGGCUCCGUGGCGGCGCCGCAGUUCCGUGUGCCCCACGCCUACUCUUAGCUCAGAUUUCACCGGUGACCACUGGACCCCUCCCAUUCUUGCACCCUGAACCUGCACGAUGCAUGGGCGAUUGAAGGUGAAGACUUCGGAAGAACAAGCAGAAGCCAAAAGGCUAGAACGCGAGCAGAAACUGAAACUAUACCUGUCAGCCACUCAAGCCAUUUUCCAAAAGCGCCAGGCUGGUGAACUGGAUGAGUCAGUGCUGGAACUGACAAGCCAGAUUCUGGGAGCCAACCCUGACUUUGCCACCCUCUGGAACUGCCGGCGAGAAGUGCUCCAGGAGCUGGAGACCCAGAAAUCCCCAGAAGAGUUGGCUGCUCUGGUGAAGGCAGAGCUAGGUUUCCUGGAGAGCUGCCUGCGGGUGAACCCCAAGUCCUAUGGCACCUGGCAUCACCGCUGCUGGCUGCUGAGUCGCCUGCCUGAGCCCAACUGGGACCGGGAGCUGGAGCUGUGUGCCCGCUUCCUCGAGGUCGAUGAGCGGAACUUUCACUGCUGGGACUACCGGCGGUUUGUGGCAGCACAGGCCACCGUACCCCCCUCAGAGGAGCUAGCCUUCACCGACAGUCUCAUCACCCGAAACUUCUCCAACUACUCCUCCUGGCACUACCGUUCCUGCCUCCUGCCCCAGCUUCACCCCCAGCCAGAUUCUGGACCCCAGGGGCGCCUCCCUGAGGAUUUGCUGCUCAAAGAGCUGGAGCUGGUACAGAAUGCUUUCUUCACUGACCCCAAUGAUCAGAGUGCCUGGUUCUAUCACCGCUGGCUCCUGGGCCGAGCUGACCCCCAGGAUGCCCUGCACUGCCUGCAUGUGAGCCGGGAUGAGGCCUGUCUGACAGUCUCCUUCUCUCGGCCCCUCCUGGUGGGCUCCGGGAUGGAGACCUUGCUGCUCAUGGUUGAUGGGUCACCCCUGGCUGUGGAGUGGAGGACCCCAGAUGGCAGGAACCGUCCCAACCAUGUCUGGCUCUGUGACCUGCCCACCGCCUCCCUCAACGACCAGUUGCACCAACAUUCGUUUCGUGUCAUUUGGAUGGCAGGCGAUGUCCAGAAGGAGUGUGUACUGUUAAAAGGCCACCAGGAGGGCUGGUGCCGGGACUCAGCCACAGAUGAGCAGCUAUUCAGGUGUGAGCUGUCAGUGGAGAAGUCCACAGUGCUGCAGUCUGAGCUUGAAUCUUGUAAGGAGCUGCAGGACCUGGAGCCUGAGAACAAAUGGUGCCUGCUCACCAUCAUCCUGCUGAUGCGGGCCCUGGAUCCCCUGCUGUAUGAGAGAGAGACGCUGCAGUACUUCCAGACACUCAAGGCUGUGGACCCAAUGCGGACUGCAUACCUGGAUGACCUUCGCAGCAAGUUCCUGCUGGAGAACAGUGUGCUCAAGAUGGAGUAUGCCGACGUGCGUGUGCUGCACCUGGCUCACAAGGAUCUUACAGUGCUCUGUCACCUGGAACAGCUGCUCUUGGUCACUCAUCUUGACCUGUCUCACAAUCGUCUCCACACCCUGCCCCCUGCCCUGUCCUCCCUGCGCUGCCUUGAGGUGCUGCAAGCCAACGAUAACAUCAUAGAGUCCCUGGAUGGCGUCACUAACCUGCCCCGGCUCCGGGAGCUGGUACUGUGCAACAACCGCCUCCAGCAGCCCACAGUGCUCCAAACACUUACCUCCUGCUCCAAACUCACCUUCCUCAACUUGGAAGGCAACCCCCUUUGCCAAGCAGUGGGCAUCUCAGAGCAGCUGGCUGGACUGCUGCCUUCAGUGAGCAGCAUCCUCACCUAAGAGGAUGUCCCUUACCCUUGCUUUUAACUUAUUUGAACUAAAUAAAGGAUGGAGAGACACCCUC